UCUAGGGUGUGCGACCCGGAGGGCGAGUCCUGUGCUGCGAGCCCCCUGGUGGCCCGCGCGCCGCCGCCCCUCGUCGCGCUCCUGUUGGGGGCUCCGCCGUCCUCGCCUCGGCUUCCCUAGCCCCCUCCCCGCGCGCUCCCGCCUCUCCUCAGCCGGCCUGCCGGGAACUCGCGCGCUCGGCGCGGACGGGCUGCGGGGCCAUGGUGCCCGCCCGGGAGCAGCCCGGCGCCGCGAUGGGGACGAGCGAGGCGCCGCCGCCCGGCCCCGCGUCCGCGGAGGGCGCUGCGCUGCGCGGCCCGGGACCCUCGGACGACUCCGAGGCGGCCGCCGAAAAGGUGGAGGUGGAGCUGGCGGGGCCGGAGCCCCGGGAGCCCCCCGAAGGCGGCUGGGGCUGGCUGGUGAUGUUGGCGGCGAUGUGGUGCAACGGGUCGGUGUUCGGCAUCCAGAACUCCAGCGGGCUGCUCUUCGUGUUCAUGCUCCAGACCUUCGAGUUCAAGGACGAUGACAAGAUGGUCUUCAAGACAGCAUGGGUGAGCUCUCUGGCCAUGGGGAUGAUUUUCCUUUGCUGCCCGAUAGCCAGCGUCUUCACAGACAUAAUUGGUUGUCGGAAAACAGCUGUUGUGGGCGCCGCUGUGGGGUUCAUUGGGCUCAUGUCCAGUUCUUUUGUCAGCUCCAUUGAGCCUUUGUACCUCACCUAUGGAAUCAUAUUUGCCUGCGGCUGCUCCUUUGCAUACCAGCCCUCGCUGGUCAUUUUGGGACACUAUUUCAAGAAGCGCCUUGGACUUGUGAAUGGCAUUGUGACUGCUGGCAGCAGUCUCUUCACUAUUUUGCUACCUUUGCUUUUAAAGGUUCUGAUCAAAGAAACGAACCUCUUUAAUACCCUGAGGAUCCUCUGUGUCUUCAUGUUUGUUCUCAUUUUGGCUGGCUUUACUUAUCGACCUCUUGAUUCCAAUGCCAAAGAUAAAGAGAGUGAAAGCAGCAGAUUCUCCCUCUUUUCCAGGAAAAAACUCAGUCCUCCAAAAAAAUUGUUCAAUUUUUCCAUCUUCAAGGUGACCGCUUAUGCAGUGUGGGCAGUUGGAAUACCAGUGGCACUUUUUGGAUACUUUGUGCCUUAUGUCCACUUGAUGAAACAUGUGAAUGAAACAUUUCAAGAAGAAAAAAAUAAAGAAGUGGUUCUCAUGAGCAUUGGUAUCACUUCAGGAGUUGGACGGCUUCUCUUUGGCAGGAUUGCAGAUUAUGUGCCUGGUGUGAAGAAGGUUUAUCUACAGGUGCUGUCGUUCUUCUUCAUUGGUCUGAUGUCCAUGAUGAUUCCCCUGUGCAGGGUCUUUGGGGCCCUCGUUGCUGUCUGUCUCAUCAUGGGUCUCUUUGAUGGGUGCUUCAUUUCUAUCAUGGCCCCCAUUGCCUUUGCAUUGGUUGGUGCCCAGGAUGUUUCUCAAGCAAUUGGAUUUCUGCUUGGACUCAUGUCUAUCCCCAUGACUAUUGGCCCACCACUUGCAGGGUUGCUUCGAGACAAGCUUGGUUCCUAUAAUGUGGCAUUCUACCUCGCUGGGGUCCCUCCCCUUAUUGGAGGUGCUGUACUUUGUUUUAUCCCAUGGAUCCAUGAUAAGAAGCAGAGAGAGAUCCAGAAAACUGCUGGAGGAGAGAAGAUGGAGAAGAUGCUAGGGAACCAGAACUCUCUGCUGUCAAGCUCAUCUGAAAUCUUCAAGAAAGAAUCGGAUUCUGUUAUUUAAUGUCUACAUACCUCUACCAGACUGGACUUGCUUUUGAAUUUUAAGCAAGUUUUCGUUUUAUAUGAAUUGCAAAUUUCUUAUUUUUUUAAUCAUACCCUUGGAAUAGCACAAUUGGGAAAUAGAACUUUUAUUACUACAAGAACCAUUUUCUUCUACCAAGUAGCUAUCUAAUAUUUCCAAGAGUCUUGAGGGAAGAGGCUCUGUUAUAGGAAAACAGGUCUGAAAGUCAAAUAUUGUGAAGAUUUGAAGCUGUCUCAUCAAGUGGCAACUUUGGAAACUGUGAAUACUAUUUAAGCUUGUAAAAUAUUUUAAAAUACCUCAAGCUAUACUGAAAGGAUUACAGUUUGAUUAGAACUGGAAAUAAUUUGUUCGUUGUCUCACAUAGUGUCUUGGGUUCUGGCACCUCUGUUUUAAUCUUGUGCUUUUUGGAAACAUUUUACAAAAUGUAAGCCUGAAUUGUAGAUAACCACAAAUCCACCUGAAACGCAGGACUAGGUGAGAAUUGCUUUUCUGUUGCUUCCUAAGCUAUGUAAUUGGAGUGUUCUGACUUGUUCCAGGGCCAGGGGCUUUGGGGGUGCAGAUGCUAGUGGUGGAUUUAACAUAUGAGAUGAGAGGAUCCCCUCAGAACGGCAGAGCAGUUUUCUUCCACAGACAUUUAUUUGCUCCCUUUGAGUUUGCAGUACAUUUUGCUCCAGUAGCCAAAACACCCCAAGCUUCUGAUUUUUUUUUUUUUUUUCGUGGUACCAGGGAUUGAACUCAGGACCCUGCGCUUGCCAGGCAAGCGCUUCUUCUACUGAGCUAUCUCCCCGGGCCCCUUGAUUUUGUUUAAACAAUAAAAUACAACAGAAUGCAUGCAAGCAAUUCUGGAAAUUAAGAAUAUUUCUGACUUCUGGAUUUAUUAGCACUGGUACUUCAAAGUCUUCUUAAGUAUGUUAUCAAAUAGGAGUUGAAGGACAAACUAGAAGGAGGGGCAAAUCCCUUUUCAUUUGUGAAGAAAACACCAUUCUGAUAUAAACAAAUGUGCAAAUUGGUUUAUGAAAUUGAUAGGUCUUAAUUGAUUCUAAGUAUCUAUAAGGCGAAAUCAUCCCUAUAGUUUCAAAGUUUCCUAGCAAAAGUUUGCAUUGAGGUGUGCAGUCCUGUAUUGCCUAACGGCAGGGAUAUUUUGUCUUGAAGCACCUCCAGGAUCCGUCUGUUCCUAAAUUAUCUGUGAGGUGAGAAGGGUGGUUGUGUGUCUCACCACUUCAGUCCUUCAUGCUUCCAAGGCAGAGCGCUUCCAUUGUCUGCCCUGGCGAGGGUGGGCUUCCUGCAGGAUGGGCCCACAUGGCCAUGUGGCUGUUGGCUUGGGAGCAGGUGCAGGGCCGGAGGAGGUCGGCUUCCUCACCCAGCUCUUUGAAAGUUCAUCGUGUAAAUAUUAAAUAUGGAGUUUAUUUUAGUGACAGGGAUUUAGAUUGUGAGCAAACGGAGCAUUGUAGCAUGCCCUGCACUCAGCUGCAUCGUACUCCUUCUGUUGGUUCAUAUCAGCAGUCUUCGGUAAUUCGUUUGCUCUUCUGUUGCAGCAAACAAAACUAUUUUGACCAUACCACCCUUUUCUGUUCUUAUUUUAAGCUUUUAAGAAAGGAUUUAGAUGUAAGAAUACAGUGCACAGUAUCGUCCUUCACCGACUCACCUCCAGUUGUCUAGAACAUUACUUCCUCGUUGUUACCAGUGCCUGGGUAAAGUUGGAUUAGGGCCAGCCAUCCAGACUGCCAUGACAAAACGUUACGGCUUUUUAGUCUUAAUAGAGAUUUCUAAAGACAGCCCCCAUUUCUACAGAAAGAUUACUCUAAAAUGGAAAUUUAACUUUGUGUAAGGACUUCCAAAAUGUUUUACUUCCAAAAUUUGGCCAAUUUUGGAGCAAGAGAAGAAAAGGUAAUAAAUCUGAAAUCCAAACACUUGGUCUUGCUGGGUUACUUUUCACUUUAAAACACCAAAGUGACUUAAGUGUUUAUAAUAAAAAUUUACAUUUUGGCAUAUUAUAUUGGUAUAUAAUUAUACAUUGUAUAAUAUAAGUUUAAUAGAAUGAAUCAAACUAAAUCUAAUACUGAAAAAGCUCUGCUGUAGUAGAUGCUUAUGAAGAGUACUAUGAUCAUUUAAAGUUAGAAUAAAACAUGCUAAAUUCCUUUAAAUAUUUAGGGAUAUAUUAUUUGGUAAGGAAAGUUCUGCAAAUUAAAAUACACAAACCAAAGAUGUGAAAAUUAUGAAUAUCCAUAAAGAUUUGUAUUCUAUAUUUAAAAAUAUUACAUUAAAAAUAAAUCCUAAUUUUGUUUUU